UCUAAUGGUGCAGAUUGCUGUAUUACUGCUUGCUGUCGUUAUUUCAUCGGCUCAGGCUCUGUCCUUCUACAGUCGACAUCACACGAUAGAAUGUGGGGCACGAAUAAACGCAGAAGGCAGCUAUCGUUUACCCAAACAUGAGAUGUGCACCAUUAAUGUGGAAGUACCUGAGGAACAAGCCGUACAGAUUACGGUAUCUGGCAAAGAAUUCAGAUGUCGGCAUCACGCAAGUGAUCUGAUGAUUGUAUCAUCUGAGACGAAAACGCCAGUUUUUCCAUGUUUGGAUCGAGCAGGUGGAGCUGUGUUUGUUGGAGGAGAGAGCGAGUACAUGAUCAACGUGAGGGAACUUCCCGCUGGUACACACAUUGGGGUGUCUUACUACAGUACACAUUUCGAAUGCGGAGAUUCUGUGCCAUUCGAUGUUGUCGGUAUUCCAUUGACGAUGUCGUACACGAGAACGGAGAAGCCUUGUUCACUGGUUUUGCCAGGUAGAGCGCGAGCUGCUGUGGAAAGUGUUGAAGGCUCUGGAGUGUGCAUUCAAAUCAAACAGGGACUUCGAUUGGGUGAUUUCCCUUUGCAUAGCAAGAAGGUCUGUCAGAAGGGAAAAGAAGAUGAAAUGCUGAGCUACGACGUCUUUUGCUCGAUCGGCGAAAUGAUUGUGGAAUCCGAGUCCGAAGCAACGAUACACUUCCGAAUCGAAGCGCCAUCUGCAGAUCAACUAGACUCAUAUCGAAUUGAAUCUUUUGCUUGCAGUGGUAGACUCAUCGAUUAGAAUUCUAAAAUUUAGUGC